AUGAUCUCAAUGGUGAUCUUAACGUGUGUCUGGACUGUGCAGGGGUUCAAUUUAUCACCCACCGCCAAUUAUGUGUUCAAUCAUCCAGUUCUUAAAACGUUUAUAACGCCGAUACGAAGUUCUCAUUUUGGAUUCUCUGUCAACCUGCGAACGAGCGGCGUAAUAGUCGGAGCACCACGAGCACAGUCAGAUUUCGAAUAUCAGAGAAAUAUUAACGAAACGGGAGCUAUUUACAAAUGUAGCUUCGCGAACGCUUCAACCUGUGUCCCGUUUCGCCUUGAUCGACAGGGUGACACUAAUUAUGAGGACUACUAUACGAACCAUGCCGAGAUUCGAUCGGAGAAGAAAGAACACCAAAUGCUGGGAGCAACCGUGGACGGACUCGGUUCCGAUGGCGCUUGGUUUGUCGCGUGUGCUCCACAGCUUAAAGGCAACGUCGAGAUAGCGUAUCUUUUGCACGGGAUUUGCUAUCUCACCGAGGGUAUCGUCCGCACCGAUGAACCAAACAAUUUGUACAAAAUAAAGCCACUUCGUGUUAAAGCACAACAGCGGAAGUAUGGAAAGUACAACUAUAUGUACGCUGAACAAGGCUUCAGUUUGCAUGUAACAGACGACGGGGAUGAGAUACUUAUCGGAGCACCCGGUGUUAUGGAUUGGAGAGGCACUGUUCUUCGCUACCGCCAACGGUCGACAAGAACUAACAACGAACCGGUGUCUAGUAGCAAUGUGUACCUAGAAUUCAACAGGAGACGUCGUUUAGCUCAUGAAUGCGUUGUGCCGAAUCCGAUGUACGCAAACGUCCCGCAAAACUCCUACUUCGGGUACGCGGUCAGCUCGGGCCGAUUUCUCGGAACUCAAAAAGUCUUAUAUGUGGCAAGUGCUCCACAGGCCCGUCAACAAAAUGGAGAAGUGAUCAUUUUCGACUAUGUCGACAAUCGCACCAUCUUCGAGACGGUGAUCGUUCGGUAUCGAACAUUCACCGGGCAACAAUUUGGCGAGUACUUCGGCUACUCUCUGUUGACGGAGGACUUUAACAGUGACGGGUUUCCGGAUCUGGCUAUCGGUGCUCCGAUGCACAGUCGCGCGAAGGAUCACGAUAAUGGUGCCGUGUACGUACUGCUCAAUCUGGGCGAAAUGAACUUCGAUGAGCCGACCAAACUGAUGAGUUCGUAUGAGCUGGGCGGAAGGUUCGGAACGAGUUUGGGCAAAAUUGGGGAUCUCAACAGAGAUGGAUAUGGCGACAUUGCGAUCGGUGCACCAUUUGAGGAGGAUGGAGCCGUUUACAUUUUUCUUGGUUCUGCAAAUGGAAUUCAGACGCGCCCAAGCCAAAGAUUGGUUCCAUCCCCAACACAAGUGCCAGCGCCAUCGAGACACCCACUCAUGUUUGGUCACGCACUUUCUCGCGGUGUCGACAUCGACGGUAAUAAUUUCACGGAUCUGGCCGUUGGAGCUCCGAAUGGAGAGACCGUGUACGUAUUCCGCUCUUAUCCAAUUGUUCGGGUCGAAGCAAGAAUUAAUUCCACAAAGCGAGAACUGCUCGCUGAAGGUGGAGUCUUUCAAAUAGCUAUCUGCUGGUCCACGGACUACCCUGCAGGUGUACCAUUCCCCGUUGCGCUGCAGUACACGCUGGACGUUGAUAUCCAGAUGGGACGAGCUUCGGUCAGUAAUCGAAAUAAUCCUGGCGAACAUCAUAAAAGGGUAACAAUAGGAAGAGACCCUUUAUGUUUGGAGUAUAACAUCGUGGUAAACGCAUCACCAACCACACUCUACAAACCCAUCGCAAUCGAGGUCGAGUUCGGUAUAGCCCCAUCUGCGACGCCUCCAAAGAAUGGCAACCAUUUCUGUGAGCACUGUGCGAUUCUUGAUCCGCAGGAUUUUAAUCGCGUCCAGGAGCACAUCCCGUUCAAAACCGGCUGCAGGAAGGAAAUAUGUGUCACGGAUUUGAAAAUUACACACAUCCGUUGGGUUGAUAUAGUUUCACCGUACGUAGUGGGUAGUGCAAAAACAGCGACCCUGGAAGUGGACAUUGAAAAUGCGGGUGAAAAUGCAUAUCUUCCACAACUGAACGUUACCACGUCCUCAUUGCUUCGACUAAGCAACCCUUCAACAGAAUGCCAGCAGUCUCCGAUCGGACGAGAUCUGAUCAGCGUAUUGUGCAGUUUAAAUGGUGGUCUACCGCUGAAAACCUUGGCGCGGAUUAAAUACUCACUCACGUUUGAUGUAACACAACUGCAGGCUGCUGUUGGAUAUGUGAACAUACAUUUUGAAGCAUUAACCACCAGCAAAGAACAAUGGCCUCGUGAUAACAACAUGGAGGAGAGAUUAACUUUGCUAGAGUUUAGCCACGUAGACAUCGUAAGUAAAACUUUACCACGAGAAGCAAGUCUAGGUCAACAAUCGGGCAUGAUGAAUGUAACUCAACUUAUAAAAUUGCACAAUAACGGACCAAGUGCAUUGAACGGUGCCUUGUUGCUGGUAGACAUACCGCUUAGCUACACGCCAUCCCAUCUUGGUGGAAAGAAAAGCUGUCAAAUUGUAAGACUUGCUGAUGUAAGCGUAAAAAGCAGCUAUAACGAUACACCGUUGGAAGUUGACUGGAUUCAGCCGAACUCUGGGAAGGAAUUACUGAAACAAACGUUUGGUUUUUACGUGAAAAAACAGUCAGAGCCAUUAGUGCCAAAGCGAGAAAUCGAUGAAUUUGAUGGUCCAAGCAACAUGGAAAAAUCCACGAAUUCAAACCCAGAGUAUAGCAUGUCAUCUGAUUUCCCACAUGAAGAGUAUCCAUUUGGGCACAAUUUGGCCGAGGACGGUGCGCGCCAGAAACGAUCCAACCUUUGGCUGCAACCUGUACGGCAAAGUUUGGGCGCUGCUCAGCUGGACGAUUUGCCACCACUACGGACCGUUUAUUUUAACUGCGCACAGAACCUUUCUAUCGUCGAGUGCCUGCAGGUUCAAAUGUGGCUGCCUCGCUUUCCUGCAGCCAACAAACCCAUCUUUCUGGAGUUGCAGUACAGGCUGAACCUGAACGCAAUCGAGGCAUGUCUGCAGGACAAGGAAGACAUUUUCGUGGUGCAGAUACUAAGUGACUUGCAAAAGCCGUCGGACAUGGAGAAGGAUACGUUCCGGAUUGCACGGAACAAUCCGUACACGGUCGUGUAUCGGGAUGCAAGCGUUAGUACACCGAUCUGGAUCUAUGUGUCGUCGUCGUUCGGGGGUCUGAUAUUGUUAGCUCCCGCCAUAGCCUAUGCAAUGCACCGGAUGGGAUUCUUCGAGCGUCACAUGAAGCGCGAGAUGCAACAAAUCAAUUGCGAGAGCGAUAUUUCAGACAGUACAGCUGCUAAGGAUGGUGAAGAUCUAGAGGUUUCUGAAAUAUAACGUUAAUUUAAAAUUAAAUACUUAUUGACACGUCAGAACUUGACUCAUUACAUU